AUGGCAUCAACAGAGACUCUCAAAAGAUCUAACCUGUUUGACCUCGCGGGCCGAGUAGCUGUAGUUACAGGCGGAGGGUCAGGCAUCGGCCUCAUGGCUGCUCAGGCCCUAGCUGCCAACGGCGCCAAGGUCUACAUUGCCGGCCGCACCCGAGAGAAGCUCGAGAACGCGUCCGACACGCAUGACGAGCAGGCGUCUGGCCAAAUCAUCCCCAUCACCGCAGACGUCAGCUCCAAGGUGGGCAUCACCGCCCUCGUCGAGGAAAUCGAGCGCCGCGAAGAGCGCGUCGACAUCCUGAUGAACAAUGCCGGCAUCAGCAGCACCUCUGGCACCAUUGCCGAGGCCAAGUCGGCGCAGGAGCUGCGCAAGGCCCUCUUCGACUCGGGCGACUCGACGUUUGACGAGUGGGAGGACGUCUACCGCACCAACGUCACGGCCAUCUUCUUCACCACGGCCGCGUUCCUGCCGCUCCUGCAAAGGUCGACGGACAAGCAGGCCGGCUGGUCCGCCGCCGUCAUCAACACCACGUCCAUCUCGGGGCUCGUCAAGACGGCCCAGCACCACUUUGCGUACAACGCCUCCAAGGCGGCCGCGCAGCACCUGACGCGCAUGCUGGCGGCCGAGAUUGCCGCCGCCGGGCUCCGCAUCCGCGUCAACAGCAUCGCGCCGGGCGUCUUCCCCAGCGAGAUGACGGCCAAGGAGGAGAGUGACGACCGCCAGAAGAGCGAGCUGCCCAAGGACAAGGUGGGCGAGAUUCCGGCCCGGAGACCCGGAAAGGAUGAGGACAUGGCCCAGGCGGUGCUGUUGCUCGCUUCGAACCAGUACAUGAACGGAGAGAAGGUGAUAGUUGAUGGUGGUUACACUCUCACUCAUGGUAUGUAA